AUGAGACCACCAUGCUAUGGAGUCCAGGCAAAACUAGCUGAGGUACCAUAUUACUGUUUCAGUUGUACAGUGGUAGAAAGGCAGGCAGCAUUAUUAAUUACUAAGGGUUACCUGAAGAAGGAUAUGAUUGAGGGUCGCCAACCUGAGGAACCUUACCUUCAAAUUCUGUCAAUGAAGAAAAUGCCGAGUGGUGGACAAGAAAGGUACCGCCUCUUGGUAUCAGAUGGUCAGUGGUGUAGCAGCUUUGCUAUGCUUGCCACUCACUCAAAUGGGUUGGUGGCUAGUGGUGAGAUAGAUAACAAUUGCAUCAUCAAGUUGAAUCGUUACAUAUGUAAUACUGUCCAGGAGAGUAAAAAGAUCUUGAUCAUCUUAGACCUUGAUGUUGUCAAGUCAGGAGAAGAAGUGGGAGGGAAAAUUGGAGAGCCUGUUACCUAUGAUCCUGCCAAAAACACGGGUGCUGCUAAUCGUCCAGCCCCCACAGAACAGAAAGAACGAACACUUCCACCAUCAGUUACUGCACAGCGAAAUCCACCCAACGUUGGUGCUUCACCCUCAAUGACUCCAGGUGGUGGUAGUGUUCAUCCAAUUGCAUCGCUGACUCCAUACCAAAACAGGUGGACUAUUUGUGCUCGAGUUACUAACAAGUCAGGAAUUAGAACAUGGUCUAACUCAAGAGGUGAAGGCAAACUCUUCAGUAUGGAUCUUCUUGAUGAAUCUGGAGAAAUAAGAGCCACUGCUUUCAAUGAACAGUUGGACAAGUUUUAUGAUAUGAUAGAGAUAAACAAUGUUUAUUACAUUACUGGUGGAACUCUGAAGACUGCAAAUAAGCAAUACUCAAAUCUCAAUAAUGAUUAUGAGCUGACACUGAAUAAGAUGACGGAGGUGACUCCAUGUCAUGAGAAUACUGCUAUUCCAUCUAUGCAGUACUCAUUUGUGCCCUUGGAUCAGUUAGAAAAAGUUACAAAGGACUCUGUUGUUGAUAUCAUUGGUGUCUGCAAAGAAGCUAUGGAUGUAUCGGUUAUUACACAACGAACAACAGGAAGAGAGCUGAAGAAACGAGAUUUGCUCGUUAUUGAUGACUCAGCACAUGAGGUCAGAGUUACUCUUUGGGGGACAAGUGCAGAAAAUUUUGAUGGAUCAUUACAACCUGUCCUUGCAAUUAAGGGUGCAAAGGUUUCAGAUUUUGGCGGUGUUUCAUUGUCCCUUCUGUCUUCAUCAUCUUUCCAGAUCAAUCCUGAUAUAAGGGAAGCACACAAACUCAAGGGUUGGUUUGAUAAUGGUGGUUCCACAGCAGAGUCUAUCAACUUAUCCAACCAGAGGAGUGGUGGUCCCUCAGGUGGGAUGGGUAAUGUUUACAAAACAUUUGGAGAAGCGAAACUGGAGAAUUUAGGUGGAAGACAAGACCAAGCUGAUUACUACUCCGUUAAAGCCUCUGUUGUUUUGAUAAGAAAGGAAAAUUGUUUAUACCCAGCAUGCCCAUCUGCUAAUUGCAACAAGAAAGUUGUGGAUCUCAAUAAUGGCAUGUAUCGCUGUGAAAAAUGCAAUCAGGAGUAUGAUAAUUUCAAUUGGAGACUGAUGGUUUCAGCUAAUCUUGCUGACAUUAGUGAUAACCAGUGGGUUACACUGUUCCAAGACCAGGCUGAAGCUAUACUAGGGGUGUCUGCCCAGGAAUUAGGAGGUAUGAGAGAUAACAAUAAUGAAGCUUUCCAGAACAUUUUUGCAGAAGCAACAUUCAAAAGUUUCAACUUUAGGCUGCGGGUCAAGAUGGAAACAUAUAAUGAUGAAAGCAGAUUGAAGAAUACAGUUGCAGUUUGUACGCCAAUUGUCCCAAAGGAAUACAACAAACGACUAAUAUCAGAAAUCAAGCAGAUGAUUGGCCAAGCUUAAGUCCUUUCUUUUACUAUUUUUCAUUUUGUAGCUUUGAAUUACUGUAAGAUCUGUUCUAAGAUUUUAUGUAUCAUAAAAUCUCUUUAAGCAUUGACCUUUUCUCAUAAAACAUUUUUUCCACAGUAUUUAUUACACUCAUUUUUUCCUUUGAAGCCAGAGGAUUUGUAGUUAAUUGUAGAUUUUGAUCAGGAACGUUUAUAAAUCAAGCUGUAGUGUACUGUGGUUGAGUGUUUAGUAUUUACAUUAUCAAGAAGAGAAUGCAUCUUUCAUUUAUUUUACUAGCAUCAGUUUUUGAGUAUAUAGUAAGUGACAUGUGGAUAUUCUUCAGGGUACAAAACUGGAACAGUGUUUCAUUUAAACUUAGUAAAAUGGUAGUACCAAUUUAACAUAACUUAUAUAAUAUAAUUUUGUUUUUAUAACUUUUCCCCAAACCCAACUGUAUCUUUAUGUAUAAGAUAUUUUAUGGGAAGAAUUAUACACAAGAAACUGAAAAUAUAUUUGUUGUUGGUAGAUUUGUCAUUCAUAGAAAUAUAAAUUUGAUUAUUCA